CUCCGAACAGAGUCGUCGAAUGAGUUAUACUUGGAGGCGACAAUAAAAUCCCCCAAACCCCUCCCUCUCCCUCUCCCACUCCCACUCCCUCUCUCUCUCUUCUCCGGCGGUGGCGGCGGCGAUGGCGGCGGAGGCGGGGCGAUCGGGGGCCCCCUCGGUGGAGUCGUACAUCGGGAGCCUCAUAAGCCUCACGUCGAAGAGCGAGAUCCGGUACGAAGGGAUCCUCUUCAACAUCAACACCGAGGAGUCGAGCAUCGGCCUCAGAAACGUACAAUUAUUUGGAACUGAAGGACGAAAGAAAGAUGGCCAGCAAAUUCCUGCUAGUGACAAAAUUUAUGAGUAUAUCCUCUUUCGUGGCACUGAUAUUAAGGACUUGCAAGUUAAGUCCUCGCCAGCGCCAGCGCCAGCUCAAGCUACUUCUGUCCACAACGAUCCCGCUAUUAUUCAGUCGCAUUAUUCGCACACAACGUCUACAACUUCAACGUUGCCAUCUAUUACAACUGGAAACAUAACCGAUCUCAAUUCCCACACUGUCCCAUUAGGGCUUCAAAGGCCGACGUUUCAGGCCAGUUUCCCUCCGUAUCAGCCCGGUGGGGGCUUAGCUCCGCCAAUGUACUGGCAAGGUUACUAUGCACCAUCAAACGCACCUCCUCAUUUACAACAACCACCAUCUCUGCUACGUCCGCCACCUGGAUUGCCUCUACAAUACCCUACAAUGAAUGCAUCGUUACCGUCGUUACCGAAUUUAUCAUCUCAGAAUUUACCGGAGUUUCCCCCUUCUUUACUACAACCUUCUCUAAGUACUGCCACUACAAGUCAAAGUCAAACCUCUACUAUGUUGCCACCUACUACAUCACCCAAUAACACUUUGCCAAAUGUACCUCUGAAACCGUUAACACCUAACGUUGAAAACGAUGUAACCAUAUCUCCAAGUGCUCCUUCUAUUGUCAGCAACAAGCCUGUAGCGGUUCCCGGCCCAGUUUUGGCUUAUCAAACUGUGCCUAAACUAGUUCCUGGUAUGUCUGUUUCUUCAUCUAGCGGGGUCCAGGUGGAGACUUCGGUUCCGCUGGCGAUGCUAGGUCAGCUUUUGCAGACUGGGGCCUCCAUUCAAGAUCAGCUUUUGCAGACCGGGCCCUCGAACCCAGGUCAGCCUUCACAGACAGCUCCUACUACGCUAGGUCAGCCUUUGCAAACUGCUCCCUCGACGGUCGCUUCAUCUCCGCCCUUGCAAGCGCCUAAAGAGAAAGAAGCUAAACCGUUGGAAACUAAGAGCAAACCUCUAUUGCCUGAACCGUCAGAGCAUACUUCCAGAGAGACUAGGGAGCCACUGUUGCCACCUCCAGAGCCAACUCCUCAGAAGAUUAAUGGAGCUGUCUCAUACCCACAGUACAACAACAGGGGCCGUGGAAGAGGAAGAGGGACCGGAUAUUCACGUCCUGUUACGAACUUCACUGAAGACUUUGAUUUCACGGCGAUGAAUGAGAAGUUCAAAAAAGACGAAGUAUGGGGCCAUCUUGGUAAAAACAAAGCCCAGUUAAGAGAUACGGAUGGAGAACUGGGAGAGGAUGAAGAUGACGCUGCUCUGGACUAUGAUGAAGCAGAGGCUAUUAAGUCAGAGGUUAAGCCUGUUUAUGUUAAAGACGACUUUUUCGAUUCGCUGUCUUGUGGUUCAAUGGACCGGGGGGCACGGAAUGGGCGGACCAGGUUUUCUGAGCAGCUGAGAAUUGAUACGGAGACUUUCGGUGAUUUCCCAAGGCACCGGCCGAUGCGAGGUGGUGGCGGACGGGGUUAUCGCGGUGGCGGCGGUGGUCGGGCACAGGGCUUCUACGGUCGCAGGGGGUACGGCUACAUGGGCAGGGGGUACGGCUACAUGGGCAGGGGCCGUGGCCAUUAUUUCCCAAACCACGAUUCCUAAGGGGAAAAAACAAGCCCCUCAUGCGCGAAAUUCUCAAACGAAACUGCGAGGGAGAAAGGGGAAAAAAAUAUUGGGGGCUAUGCUUGUAACUAUAGCUGGAGGUUUAGGAUCCAUGCUUGCGUAAAAAUACCGAAAUAAAUGUGUUCCACCGCGAUGGAAAUAAUGUUGUAUCAGCCUUUUAUGGGAAUUGAAUUUGAAGAAAUUUGCGUUGCGGUCGCCAUGGAUCCAACCCUACUUCUAUAUUUUGAUAUCCUCCAUGUGUAUUAUCGUAUCGAAAAUGCUGCCGUGUAUCAAAUAAUCUCCUGUUGUUGCAUCAAGAGGAUGUGUGGUGUCAGAUAAAUGCCAAGAAACUCGUAAUAUUUUGGGCUUUUGUUGGUGUCAUUUUCAGAUCAUAACCUUUCUUUUUGUCGGUAUUGGCUGUUGUUGGUGUCAUUUUCAGAUCAUAACCUUUCGUUUUGUCGGUAUUGGCUGUGAAUCUAAGUUGAAGUUAAGACAUUGCGAUGUUGA